UUGCAUGUUCCUUGUUUGAAAUAAAAGUGUGUGGAGGGGAUCAAAGUGUGCUAGCUGUACGUGAUUAUGUUUGAAACACAAUACGUGCCAAAUUCGUAAAUUUUAUGACAUGUCGGUUCUUAUGUGAAAUUAUCUACGAAGUCCCGAGUUAGAUGCUCAAAGUUGCUGAUGACUAUGGCUGAUACUUUUGGAAGAUUUCACUGCAACUACUGUCAGGAGAACAUCAACGGGCUGAGGAUCAAAUGUGUGGAGUGUGAAGACUUUGAUCUUUGCCUGCAGUGUUUCUCCUGCGGUGCAGAGAUAGGGAAGCACAAGAACAACCACAGCUACCAAUUCAUGGAUCCGGGCAACUUCACCGUGUUCAACUCGGACAACGCCUGGACGGCGAAGGAGGACGUGCGCCUGCUGGACGCCAUCGAGCAGUACGGCUUCGGCAACUGGGUGGACAUCGCCAGACACAUCGAGAAACGCACGCCCGAUGAGGCGCAUGACAAGUUCGUCACGUACUUCGUGAACGGCGUGACGGGCCGGCUGACGAUGCCGCCGCUGUCGGAGCUGCAGCAGCUGCCGGUGGCCGUGGACCACACGGGCUCGGACUCUGGCCCGCUCUCUCCCAGCCUGACCAUGUCGCCGGGCCUAGCGCCGCUCCAGCUGGAGGGCGAUCAGGCCGCCCAGCUUGGCUACAUGCCGCUCCGCGACGACUUUGAACGGGAAUACGACAAUACAUGCGAGACGCUCGUCUCGCAGCUCAAUAUAGGCAGCGUGGAGGAUGAGGACAUCGACGUUGCGCUGAAGCUGGCUCACGUGGACAUGUACGUGCAGCGGCAGCGGGAGCGGGCGCGCCGCAAGCGCGUGGUGCGCGACUACCAGCUACCGGCCGCCUUCUUCGAUGAGCUGAAGAAGGAGGCGCUGCUGCAGGUGCCGGGCGGCGCGCGCAUGCCGCGCCGCCGCCAGGACAAGGGUCGCACGCUGGCCGACCGGCUGCGCACGCUCGGGCAGUUCCUGACGCGCACCGAGUACCAGCAGUUCCACGACAACGUUCAGGCCGAGCGAGACCUGGUCUACCGCGUCAAGGAGCUGAUGCGGUACCGCCGUAACGGCAUCACCAAGAUCGCUGACUGCGUGGAGUUUGAGCGCGCACGUAGCCGCCGCAGCGCCGAGACGGACGACCGGAAGGCCCACGACCCUGACGAGAAAGCGCAGCCGUCCGGCCCAUCAAGCGAAAGAAGAAGCUCCUGCGCUUCUCCCGAAAGAAAGAGCGAAACUCCCGCUACUGGCGCUUCAUCCUGGCUCAACGCGCCCUGCUCGACCAACGGCAGCAGCAGCAGCAGCAGCGGCAGCGUGAGCAGGCCGGCGGCCGCUGACGGCUCGCCGGCCGGCGCCACCGACGAGCCCGAGCCGCUGAACGAGUCGGCCGGCUUCCACCUGCUGAGCCGCGCCGAGAAGCGGCUGUGCGCCCGGCUCCGGCUGCGCCCGGCCAGCUACGUGGCCUUCAAGACGGGUCUGCUGAGCGACCAGCUGCUGCGGUUUGGCGGCCGGUCGGCGCGGCCCCGCUACCCGGACGGCCUGGACAAGCAGCACCGGCGCCAGCUCGUCUCGUUUCUGGUCACCGCCGGCUGGAUCACCGCCUGACGCGGCGGUUGACGCGUCUCGGCGCGGCUCAUGUUCCAGACGUGGCCGAAGGGACGCUUGCACACAGGGAUAGGUGGGCGAGUUGCCGGCAGCUCAAGGAAGCGCUGCCCUGUUCUCAAGUGUGUCGUGUUGUGUGUGUCGUGUGUCGUGCCUUUACGUUUAGGUAAGUGUGGACGAACGGCGUGGAUUCAGACUUCAUCGGAUGUAUUUGUACUUGUGUAUUGUGCAUGCUGGAGCGUUGCACAUUCUCCUGCUGAUCGGCGUGCUUCGUACAAGCCAGCAUGCAGUUUUCCGUUCUUUCAAGAUGAUGCAGAACUCCAUGAUCUGUUCGGGCUUCCGAUAAGAGCGGGCAAUCAAGGUGGAUGUGCCUCUAUGAGAGCUGUGUUUCUCGAUCCUGCUCGCGAAAUGAUCUCGAACGCCAUAGUGUUCGUGAUGGAGCGGCCAGUGCCUUGGGGCCGUAGUUGUCCGCCACAUUCCUUGAAUUUUGCGGCUGGAUCGAAACCUUGUUUGCUCUCUUAUUCCUCAGAAUGAGUAACCAUUGGUUUUUGUAGGCACUGAAUGCAAGACGGCGUUGUGCAUCGAUGCCGUGUAUUGGAGGUCUUCUGAGGGCAUUUGCAGUUAAUACAUUGCUAAAAUCG